UGUGGUGGUGUUUGUAAUGGAAUCUCGGGUAGGACUGGUGACGUGACUUACCUGCUAGGUUGUUUGGCACUUUACGGCCACGGUAGUUGUAUGCUUUCAGCCAGUGAAACCGUACACACCUUAUUAAAUCCGGGAAACAAUUUAACACUGGUGUUGCGGACAGCGAGUACUUACAAGGGCUUUGCGUCUGAAUGCUCUACAAGUGCAACUGUUUGAACAAUUAAGCUCGAGUUAACAAUUCAGACUUAUGUACCCGCUCGAUCCCUGCGCUCUGCAAUCGAACAACGUCUUGUGGUGCCGUCCCACAAAUGGGCAGAAGAGCACACAGGAAAAAUAAAAACUCCACACAAAAGUGAAGAACAGGCAUAAUGGCAGAUUGUUCUGCUUCCAUGGAUUUCUCUGGAGCAUUGCAGAGACUAGGAGAACAUGACCCAAGUGCAGCUGUUGCAAAAGCUAAAGAACAACUUGAUUUUCUUGACAAUGUGACUCUCAACAUCGCAGUGACUGGGGAAACAGGUGCAGGCAAAUCUGCCUUCAUUAACGCUAUUCGAGGUCUGGAUGAUGAUGAAGAUAUGUCUGCACCGACUGGAAUAACCGAUACCACAAAUGAAGUUACCGUGUACACCCAUCCCACAAAGCCAAAUGUGAAACUCUGGGACCUGCCAGGGAUUGGUAUGCCAAGUCUCAAGGCAGACCAAUACCUCAAAAAAGUUAAAUUUGAGACUUAUGAUUUAUUUAUCAUCGUUUCGUCCACUAGGUUUAAGGAAAAUGAUGUCUUUUUGGCUAAGGAGAUGAAAAAAAAGCACAAGCAUUUUUAUUUUGUCCGAAGCAAGAUUGACAAUGACAUUAACUCAGCAGCACGCAGCAAAAAUUUCGAUGAGCAGCAGCUGCUUUAUACAAUCAGGGAAGACUGUCGUAGAAACUUGAAGGAAGUUGGAAACCCAGAGGUGUUCUUAAUAUCCUCUUAUGACCUUGGGAAAUAUGAUUUUCAAAACCUGGUAGAUACCAUAGAGUUAGAGCUUUCAGAACAAAAGCGAUUUGCUCUUGUUCAGUCCUUGCCAGUGUGCUCUCUGGCUAUGCUAAAGAAGAAGAAAAUAAUAAUGGAGAAUUUCAUCAUGGUUGCUGCAAUUGCCUCAGGCAUGGGUGGCUAUCUCUCUAUCCCUUUUCUGUCUUUGGCUUUUGAAAAGUCAGUACUUGUGGCGUUUUUCACGGGUUGCCACCACGCGUUUGGGUUGAAUGAGAAAUCAAUCGAGAAGCUUUCUGAGAGGGUGAACAAGCCUGUCUCACAGCUAAAAUUACCAAUAAAAUCCCCUUUCACGUUAGCGCUGAUGGACAAAAUUAGGCUUGUGCCUCCUAUCGCUCCGACAUGCCCAGUUACAGACGUGGAAAACCUUCUUGAUAUGAAACUUUUUGUGAAAAGGUUUCAAAAUGCUAGUCAGGCAUUUAAACAUACAUAUACUCUCCUGAGUCAAGGUCUAGAUGACAUGGUUGAUGAUAUGACGCAAAUUCUCAGAGUGGCAGGUUUGGAUUAACUGGUACAACUAUAGGAAAACUACAGGACCAGGCCAAAACUAUUAAAUAAAACUGGUUGAAUGGAGAUCAUUCCUGAAAAGAUACUGAAUAUUGCCCAGUAGUGUGCUUCAUAUCUUGGGUGGUGGUUUGUGCAUAUCAUUUUUAUUGAGCACAAAUAGCAUUACUGUAUGCUUUACUUUCUUGGCUGCACUACUCUUCUCUUCACAUUAACAUAGGCUACUAUAUUGUAUUACAUUUUUUAUGCAUUAUUCUGUUAUUUGUGGUAUAAACUUGUGUGCAUAUGGUAGUUGGGUUAAUGGUGUCAACAAAUGUAUUCUGAUUGUCAUUGUGACUGCUAUGUUACAUAGCCAUGUUUGAAUGUUUACAAGAAACUUAGACUUUCAGAUAAUUCUUAUAACUUCAAGUAAUAUAUUUUUAUGAGGUACAUGGUUAUGUGAGAAUAUGAAGAAUCAUUAAGAAAGAAAAUAAAGAAAAUACAUUUACACCCCUUUGCUUGUAGGAAAGAGCUUAUAUCCUGGAAAACAACUCAAUCAUUUCACACAGUAUGCAUGACUCAAAACAUGCCCAAGCCCUUUGUUCCUUUCAAAUAGCUUUAUAAUGUGUAAAGCAGCAGUAAGAGGAACUUUACAAAGGUACAGUAUGAAACGGGCAUAUUCUUAUCACUGACGCAUGGUGUUGUGUCAGAGAAUUUAUUUGUAUAUUGUUGUCCAUGACAACGUGGCACAUGUGAUAGUCAAGCUAUAAACUUGCUGGUAAACCCCAAAUUAUUCUUGUUUUAUGUACUGUAAAAUAACGGUUAAGAUAUCUAUAUAUACAGUGGCAAGAAAAAGUAUGUGAACCAUUGUCAUUUUCCUGGUUUUCUGCUUGAAUUGGUCAUGAAAUGUGAUCUGAUCUUCACCAAAGUCACAAAUAUCAACAAACAUAUUAUUUAAGCUGAUAAAACACAAACAGUCAUUAUCUUUCAUGUCUUUAUUGAGCACACCCAUUAAACAUACAAAGUGAUGGUGGACUAAGUAAGUGAACCAUUGCUUUAAUCACCGGUUGAACCACAUUUGGCAGCAAUAACCUCUGAGGCAAGUGCUUCCUGUAGACCUGCAGAAAGGUCCAGGAGUAAUUUGCACCAUUUGUCUUUACAGAACUGCUUCAGCUCACCCAUAUUCUUAGAACGUCUGGUGUGAAUGGCUCUCUUGAGAUUAUUCCACAGCAUCUCUUUUGGAUUGAGGUCUGGGCCACUUCAAAAGGUGGAUUUUAUGUCUCUGUAGUACCAGUCUGUAGUAGAUUUUGCUUCAAUGUUUAGGGUCAUUGUCCUGCUGCAUCGCCCAUCUUCUUCUGAGUUUCAUCUUGCAGACAGCCACCUUGAGAUUAUCCUGUAGGAUUUACUUAUAAACUUGGGAAUUCAUUUUCUCCUCCACAAUGGCAAGCGGUCCAAAUCAUGAUGUUUCCUCCUCCAUACUUUACUGUUGGGAAUGGGAUGAUGUUUUUAUGUUGGUAUGUUGUUUUUUUAUAAUGCCAUACAUAGCGCUGCUAUUCUAUUUCUGUUUUAACUGUCCACAAGACAUUUUCCCAGUAGUGUUGUGGAGUGUCAAGGUGGUCUUUGGCAAACUUUAGGCAUGCUGCAGUGUUUUGUUUGGAGAGCAUUGACUUCCUAUGGUGCACUUCCAUGGAUACCAUGCCUGUUUAAUGUUUAACAUAUGGUUGACUCAUGAACUGAGAUGUUAACCAGCCUUAAUGAAUCCUAUAAGUCUUUAGCUGUUACUCUAGGGUUCUUUUCCACCUCAUUAAGCAUUCUGUGAUGUGCCUAUUGGAGUCAACUUGGCUCUGCGCUCACCUCUAUGGAGAGUAGCCAGAGUACCAUAUCAUCUCCAUUUUGUCUAACUGUGGACUGAUGAAUAUCUAAAGUCUUUGAAAUUACUCUAUAACCUUUUCCAGCUACAUGCAUAUCAACAACUCUUGAUCGUGGGUCUUCUGCAAUUUGUUUUUGCAAGGCAUGGCUCACAUUAACUAAUAAUGCUUACGAAUAGCACACUGACACUGUUUGGGUGUUUAUAUAUGUCAAUUUAGCACUAAACCACACCUUUAUUAUCCUUUCAUUGAUUGGACUCCUGGUUUGCUAACACCUGACUCCAACUGACAUUUAGUGACACCAGAAGCCUACUGGUUCACUUACUUUUUCCACCAUCACUUUGUAUGUUUAAUGGGUGUGCUCAAUAAA